UUUAAGCCGGCUACCGGGCCGGGCUGCGGGGAGCGAAGGUGGGCAGAGGCAGCGUGCCGCUAUGGCGGGGGGCUGCCGCUGGGCCGCCGUGCUGGCCCUGCUGGUGCUGCCGGCCCUGCCCCGCCGCGCCGCCGCCGGCUGUGCCGCCCGGGGGCUGUGCUGCCCGGGCCGCGACCCAGCCUGCCUGAGCCAGGGCUGGCGGCCCGACGGCUCCCACGGGCCCUGCUUCUGCGACCAGGCGUGCGCCCGCACCCUCGACUGCUGCCACGACUAUGCCCAGGCCUGCCCAGUCAGCCCCUGCGUCGUGUCUCAGUGGAGUGGCUGGAGCAGCUGUGCAGAGCCUUGCAAGACAACCUAUCGAGUUCGGAGGAGGCACAUCAUCCAGGAGCCCAGGAACGGAGGAGAGCCAUGUCCUCCUCUGGAGGAGAGAGCUGGCUGCGUGGAGUACUGGACUCAGCAAGGAACAGAGUGCAAACAGUCCCUGAUCCCAGCAUUAAUAACAACAGGAGGGUUUGGAAAAGCAAGGAAAAAAAGAGCUGCAGGUGAUGGCAAUGAAAGAGCAGGGUACUGUGUUGAAUUCCAGCUUGUGGCCAUCACGCCGGGCUGCUUGCACAGCCACCACCCCUACACUCACUGGAUGCAGUAUCUCAGGGAGGGCCACAUUGUCUGCGUGGAGUGUCAGCACCCAGCUUUAGACUCCAGAAGUCUGCAUUGUUCUGGGGAUGGAAGUGAAAGCAAAAAGAAUCAGCUGUUGCACUGGCAGGCGGUAGGGAACCCUCAAUGCAAGGGAACCUGGAAGAGAAUUCGCCAGCUGAACACUUGCUCUUGUCCCUCUGUUCACAGCUUCUUGUUCAUCUAACUUCUGACAGUCUCAGCAAGCAAGUGCUGUGAUGGCUUGUCUGGCACCAAUGUGUAGUAGGAACCACAAUCAAAGCAAUGACUUCUCCAUAUCAGAGGCUGUGCCACUUCAUUUCAAGAGGUUGCUGUCUGCACUGGGGCAUCCUGAAUUGUAGAAUCAUUUUGGUUGGAAAAGAGCUAUACGAUCAAGUCCAACAGUUAACACAGGACUGCCAAGUCCACCGCUAAACCAUGUCCUUAAGCACCACAUCUGUGUGUCUUCUAAAUACCUCCAGGGAUGGUGACUCGAGUUCCCUGGGCAGCCUGUUUCAGUGCCUGACAACCCUUUCAGUGAAGACAUCUUUCCUAAUAUGCAAUCUAAACACCCCGUGCCACAACUUGAGGCUGUUUCCUCUUGUUCUAUCACUUGUAACUUGGGAUAAGAGACUGACUCCCACCUUGCUCCAAACUCUUUUCAGGGAGUUGCAGAGAGCAAGGUCUCCCCUCAGCUUCCUUUUCUCCAGGCUAAACUCCCAUUUCCCUUAGCCACUCCUCAUCAGACUUGUGGUCCAGACCCUUUCCCAGCUUCAUUGCCCUUCUCUGGACAUGCUUAAGAACUUCAAUGUCCUUCUUGUAGUGAGGGGGCCAAAACUGAACACAGUAUUCAAGGUGUGGCUAUUUCUGAUACAAGCUGGGAUGUUGUUGACCUUCUUGGCCACUUGGGCACAUUGCUGGUUUACACUGAUUAUUGACCAAUAUCCCCAGGUCAGAGCAUGGAGCAUGGCCUUGCUCCAUGGCACCAGGUCUUCAAGUCAGGCACAAGAAGCCAACCCACAAGCGGAGACAGCUUGGCACAGAGACUUCCCCUGACUCCUAUGGUCAGGAGAAAGUGGCAGCCAGCACCUCCUGCCUUCCUUGUCAGGCUCAGGGCUUGUAAAGGGCAACUUUCCAGUCUUGGGUGGCAAGGACAUGGCUACACCCUCUGCUCAUCAGUAUACUUUUCCAUAAAUUAACUCAAGUGCUUUAUUUUCAUGGCAAUGACACUUGUUCUUGGAUGCUUCCCGCUUGUGCUUAUGUAUCUUUUCCUUUUGUUGUCACCCUUCCUGGUCUCAUAAUUUUAUAUCGAUCCUCAGCCUCACAGAGGCUUCAUCUUGCACUGCUGAGGUAAUGGCAAAACUUAGAAAUGAGCCUGUUCAAAUCUGUGAGAAUAGAAGGUACCAGGGAUAAGUGGGCCCUUGGACAUCAAGUUUCAAGGGGCAUGUCUCAGUUGCCCCAAAAUGUAGUGCAAUCCUGGGGCUCUAAAUAGGAAGUCAUCCCAGCUGUACCUGAAAGACUAGCCUUGUGUUUUGGACUGGAAAAUAUUGGAAAUAUUUUCUUUAUAUUUUGAGUAUUUACAUUCAUACUUUUCUAUAAAUUAAAAUAAAGGAGGCUGGAGACAUGC